AUGCUGACUGCAUCACAGGGGUUGCUGUUGGCAGUGGCUACAGCUGAAUUUCUCAUUGGGCUUGUGGGGAAUGGAAUCCUUGUGUGCUGGAGUUUACAUAAUUGGUACAAGUACCGUACAACAUCUCUUUAUAGCCUCAUUGUUCUGGGGCUGGCCACCUGCAGAUUUCACCUCCAGUUGUUAAUCCUGAUCGACUUAAUUUCCUACUCUUACUUCUUAGAAGCAUCCUGGAUAUACUAUUUGAAUAUAUGCUGGGUCUUUUUAAGCCAGGCAAAUCUUUGCUUGGCUACCUGCCUCAGUGUCUUUUAUUGCAUAAAGAUCACAAACUUUGUUCAUCCUGCUUUCACGUGGCUGAAACAGAGGGCCGUGGGGUUUGGAUUCUGUUUCCUCCUGGGGUCACUCCUGGCUACGCUGCUCCUUGUACCUAUUCUGGGGUAUAACAAGAUUCCAAAAAACAGUACCUUAUCCCUCUUCAUUGGUCAGCAUUAUUUCCACAUGCUUUGGCUCAACAUGGGAAGCUUGGUCCCUUUCACUGUGUUUCUCUUUUCCUCUGGCAUGCUGAUCAUCAGUUUGGACAGACACCACAAGAGGAUGCGGCACCACAUGGAGGGUAGGAAGGAUGCUCAGACAAUGGCUCAUGUUGCUGCCCUAAAGUCUCUCAUCUCCUUUCUUCUCCUUUAUGUAAUCUACUUCCUGGCUACUCCUUUAUCCAUUGUCUCCAAAUUUCCUCCAGUUAAACUCACUGAAGUACUGAUCUCUGAGAUAUUCAUGGCUGCUUACCCCUCCUUUCACUCUAUCAUCUUGAUUGUGGGGAAUCCCAGGAUGAAACAGCAAUUUCAGAGAAUUCUGUGGAAGAUAGUGUGUCUUUGGAAAUCUCAGCAAAUGUGA